AUGGGAGCGAUAGUUGAACCGCGUUCCGUCGACUCAUCCGACAGGUCUAAUUUAAUGCGCGCAUUUAUUAUUGGUAAUGGAAUUAACUGUGGCCGAUUAUCAUAUGAUUUGAUGGACGCGCUAUCUCCCGAUCAAGCUUACGAGCCGCCCACUGCACUUAAAAAAACAGUCUUCGGCCCCACGAUGUGGAAUCUUGGAAAGUGUGAAAAGAUUAAUCGCCGUUUUGAGAACACAUGCGGGGUGUUCUAUAAGAAUGUACGGAACGUGCUUCCACUGACCCCCUGCGAGUUACAAAUCGCUCCAUGGGACUAA